AUGUCGGACCCUAAACGCCUACGUCUUGACCCCACGCUCAGUGCGCCGUACAACAUCAGUCCGUUCGAUCCUACUCCGAAUCCCAGCUCAGACACGAGGCGGCGUUCGAGCAGAGCGGAUCCUCGACGUCGUUUCGAGUGCACGCACCCUGGCUGCGGACGCGACUACUCUCGUGCCGAACACUUAUAUCGCCACCAGUUGAAUCAUAAUCCCAAGGAGAUCUUCAAAUGUGACUAUCCAGGAUGUACACGGACUUUUGUACGACAAGAUCUCUGCAUUCGUCACAGAGACCGUCACGACAACCGUGAUAAGUCCACUUCACAACAGCGAGACCCAAAUCGAGAGUCCCUUUCACCCAGGUCUUCUGUGAGCAAUGGUGGACUGAAUGAUCCUUCCUCUCCAAAUUCCAAUGUGUUUGCAACUCCAAGACCCCCGUCCGAGACCCUUCGCUCUCCUGUCCUGGGUCGGACGUCCUUUUCCGGAGGAAGUCCAAGUAACGUCACGGAUCUUCAAGGCAUCAUUCCGCAGACACGCCCUGACAGUAACGGCGCGAACGGUCUUGCAAAAUCUCAAAACAAUGCCCACUCACGUCAGCCAUUCUUCCGAAGUAACUCUCAUGCAGCGGCCCAAUCUCAGAAUCCAGCAGACAAUUAUGCUUCUCACGCUGCGUCACUAGACUCCUUCUCAAUUCAAAGGUCGCAUAGCAUUGGCGAUGGUGCAUUCGACAAUGUCGACCCAGCAAUUUUGAGCAAUUCUACGACGCAUGCCAACGUUUCGAUGCCAACGACGGGCAACCGGCAAAUGCAGGACCAAUCGACUGGGGCGUACUCCAUGCCCGGCCUGGGAGAGCAGCCUUUCAACGAUUCGCCGGUCUCCAUCAGAGAUGAAUUCACGGCUUGGCUGUUCGAUGAAGCCGCUGGCUUACAUGCAGCUCCCUUCUCGAUGGCAGGUCAACCCGGAAUGGGCUUUGCCAACCCUUCCGACAUUUUUGGCAAUACGACUUACUCAAAUUAUUUUGCCGAUACAGCAAUGGACGCGGCAUAUCCUGGCUUGGUACCAAAUGGCUCGGGGGGCACCCCGACAAGUCUUCCUGAGCUGCCUGUAAACAGUAACUUGUUAUCGCUGGCGAAACGCCAAUCACUCCUUUUUCUGAUGGAAUCACGCUUCCACGACGGUGACAACCUGUCAUUGAGACAGCUCAGAGACGAGAUAUUCCAAGGCAACCUGGAUGCCGAGGAACACAUCUUGAGCCUGCGGUCUAUGCAACACUACAUUGGGUCCUACUGGUAUCACUUUCACGCGCAGUUACCCAUCCUACACCAGCCCACUUUCUCGGCGGAUGACAUCAACGAAUACUUGCUACUAGCAGUUAUGGCUAUUGGAGCCGUAUAUUUGGACAGGGCUCAUGGGAGGCAAGCGAGAGACACAGCUGCGCGUUUGGCAACGUUCAUUGCCUGGCAUCUGCGAUGGCAAGUCUUCAUGCAUAACGAUUUCCAUCCGCCAGCGAAUUUGUGGGUUUUACAAACAUUGCUUCUCCUAGAGGUAUUUGAGAAGACGAGCGCAACUAGGGUGUUGCACGAACGAGCCCACAUACAUCACGCAACCACGAUUAACUUGAUGCGCCGCGGGACAGCUUUGAUCGAGACUCAGCAAGACUCUGCUCGCGUACCCUCAACACCAGAGGAAUGGUGGAGUCGCUGGAUUACAGCGGAAGCCACCCGCCGAGCCGCUUUUGCCGCCUUCUAUCUGGAUGCAGUCCACGCGACAAUGUUCGGGCACGCAGCGAUGAUGGUUGUUCAUGAGAUACGUCUGCCACUGCCGUGCGACGAUGCUCUCUGGUCUGCCACAUCUGCAGCCGAGGUGGGCCGAGUCGAAGCCAGCUUGCAUGCGAAUGGGAUAAAAUCGACGACGUUUCUGGAUGGGCUCAAGAAGACUUUGACUGGUCGCAAAGUCCGGACGAAUACCUUUGGAAGAAUGAUAUUGAUGGCAGGCCUGUUGUCCGUCUCGUGGCAUAUGCACCAACGGGACCUUCAAGUGUCCAGUCUAGGCGUGUCUUCGACCAUGGGAGUUCCGGACGGUUGGAGGAUCCCAUUGACGAAAGCCUUUGAGUUCUGGAAAAAGGACUUCGACGAGAACAUCGAGCAUAUGCGCCGAGCUGCCCUGCCAUGGCAGAAAAACGAUUCUUGGUCUGCAGAUGAGGCGAUGACAGAAACCGCUGAUGUGCUGUAUCAUAUGAGUCAUAUGGCGAUGCACGUCGAAUCCUGGGAUUGCCAGAUUUUCGCCGGCAUAAAGAGGCUAUUUGGAAGAAAAGUCAGUAGACCGGACUACGAAAGGGUCAAAGCCAAAAUCUUUGACUGGUCCAAAGGCCAAGGGGCUACGGUCGGCGUUUACCAUGCCCUGCAGCUUCUGAAAUCAGUUAUUUUGCCGAGCAGAGAUCCUAAAAGGCUCUAUCAUGCUCGCGACGAUUACUUACUGGUGAGACCUUGGACAAUAUACUACGCCGCGCUUGUUGUGUGGUCGUAUGGGUUUGCCCUGGAUGGGGUUCUUCGACCAUUUCCGAGCCUCCUUCAACCGGCAUCUUCACCGAGCGCAGGUUCUGUUCUGUCUCACGGAUCCGGCCAUUCGAUGUUGAAUAUGGCACAUGACGGCAGCGAAUUCCAGAUCGAAGCCGUGGUCAAGGAUGCACAAGCCUUCUUGCAAACCGUCGGCGCGGUCAAGUCUCCACAGCAAUUGGAAUCGAUCAAAGAUGGCAGAAACAACGUGGUGGGUAUUUUGGCAAUCCUGGAGACUGCCUUUCGUGAUUGCAGAUGGGAAUUACUGCAUGAAGCGGCCGAGCGUCUUCGCAAUGCUAUCAUGCUUCUGAGGGGGGCGAGUCGGAGUUGA